GAUGGCGAAAGUGAGGAGGAUGAGGCCUGAAUGGGCGGUGAAGGUUAUCAUGAUGAUAGUGGUAGCAUCGAUUCUGUUACGCGGCGUCUCUGCUGCAACAAAUCAUUCUGUUGGUGGAUCUUCCGGCUGGGAUCUUUCUUCCAACGUCCAAGCUUGGUCCGCCACCACCACCUUUCACGUCGGUGACUCUCUAGUGUUCAAAUACACGCCGGCCCAUGAUGUUUUGGAAGUAGACCAUCAGGCAUUCACCACGUGUCGUACAACAAACCCAAUCAGUACGGACAGCAGUGGCGAGACCGUGAUCCAGCUGACUCGACAAGGGACACGCUACUUCAUGUGCGGGCGAAGAGGGCACUGCGCAUUGGGCCUCAAGCUUCAGGCGGACGUCCUUCCUGAGCUUGAAUCCACCAGCAACGAGACCAGCCGCAGUGGAGGGGGAGGCCGUCGUACUCGACAACCACCUCCAAGUACGUCGCCUCCAUUGCCGCUUGCGCCGAAUCUACCGUCUCCACUGCCUCAUACGCCGGACCUAUCCAUUCCACAGUCAGACGUUGUGCUCCCUUCACCGUCACCGGAUGAAAAUCAGACGGCUCCUUCACCCUGUCCCUGUAAAAACUCCGGCAUUGCGGGGAUGAUCAAAGUGGAUCGUUGGUCGGACUACCAGUGGGUAAGUGAUUCAACUCUGCUGCCCUUUAUCAUUUCUCUUCUCCUAUCAGGAUUUAGCUUCGGUUUGUUCUUGUUUUGAUGAUGUGAAGAUGAGGAGGACGACAUUAAUAAUUCUCUACAAACCGGUCCAUAUUAGUAGAGUAUGAUCGCCAAUCUGUUUUGGGUAACCUUUCAUUUCUCUUGAAAGUUGCAGA